GACUGGGAUUCCUCCAAUGUGAGGACAAUGCGACUGAAAAAACAAGAAAAAAGGCGCUCCUCCAGAAAUCUUGUUGACGGUCCUCCACUUGCUUCUAAAAGAUCACGAUCAACCRGCAGAACUUCAGAAAUGGGAAAUGAAGCCCUGGUGACGAAGACGACAGUGACUGUUCCUGCCAAUGGAGGACCUGUUGAAGCCGUUUCCACCAUUGAAACAGUUCCUUACUGGACUCGCAGCAGGAGAAAGACUGCUGCUAUGGAGUGGGACUCUGAAUCUGUCAAGUCUCAGGAUGUUUUCAAGCCACCUGAAAACCUGGAGGGAGAAAUGAAAGCUGAUGCAAGCACUCCCCAGAGCAAAGGAUGCGUCCGUCUGCACGAGUUUGUUUCCAAAACUGUAAUUAAGCCGGAGUCUUGUGUGCCAUGUGGAAAGAGGAUUAAGUUUGGCAAGAUUUCACUGAAAUGUCGUGACUGCAAGGUGGUCUCUCACCCUGAAUGUCGUGAGCGGUGCCCCCUGCCGUGCAUCCCCAACCUGGGUGGAACACCGGUCAGAAUCGGGGAGGGGGUCCUCGCAGACUACGUCCCAGACUCAGCCCCGAUGAUCCCCCCCCUCGUGGUGCACUGUGUGAAUGAGAUUGAACACAGAGGACUGCAGGAGGCUGGGCUGUACCGUCUGUCCGGCGCUGAUCGCACAGUGAAGGAGCUGAAAGAGAAGUUCCUCCGCAGUAAAACUGUUCCUGUGCUCAGCAAGGUAGAUGAUAUCCACGCCAUUACCGGCCUCCUCAAGGACUUCCUGAGGAACCUGAAGGAGCCCCUCCUGACUUUCCGUCUGAACCGGGCCUUCAUGGAGGCAGCGGAGGUUUCAGAUGAAGACAACAGCAAGGCUCUGAUGUACGAGACAAUUAGUGACCUGCCUCAGCCCAACAGAGACACGCUGGCCUUCUUAGUUCUACACUUGAAAAGAGUUGCUGACAGUUUGGACACUAAGAUGGACAUCAGUAACCUCUCCCGAGUUUUUGGUCCAACUAUUGUUGGCCAUGCAGUUCCAAACCCAGAACCAAUGACGAUCCUUCAGGACACCAAACGACAACCUUUGGUUGUGGAGCGUCUGCUGACUCUGCCAGUGGCUUACUGGGACCAGUACGUGACGGCAGAAAAUGUGCAGCCAAACUUGGCGCAUUUGAUCAUUGAGAAUGCCAACUGCUAUGCCACCCCUGAGAGGAUGACUUUGCUGGGACCUCUGACCACUCCUGAGCUGAACAAGACCCCUUCCUCCAGCUCCCUGUCUCAGCGCAUGAAGUCCACUCUGACACCCAGAUUUGGAAGUAAGAGCAAAUCAGCUGUUGGAUUUUCUCAUCAAGGAAGGUUUUUUUCUUCACCACACCUGAAAUAACAGAAAGCAGCUACACCUGUUUCCUUUAUACAUUUAGAUGAGGAGGAGAAGUGCCUCCAGUAUAGCCAUAUUUCAUAAUAAAAGUUGGAUUUUAAAUAUUGUGAAGGUAUUUUUAAAUCAAACGAUAGGUUUUUCCUUUCUUUGCACUGCUUUGUGUCUUUAGGUCUAUUACUAAAUGCAUAGCUUGUUUGAUUUCAGAUCYGAACUCCAACUGUACUGUUUUUAAAGAAUAUAGUUUGUAUUGUAUACUUUGAUGUGUCCUGCUCAUUUUGUUUGAGUUCUUCAGCUCAUGUGUCACUCAAAAGUUGAAGAACUGAUUGGCAUUUCAUUCUAGGGUGUAAGACAUUGUUUUAUAUGCUUGUUUUUUUUAUUUACAUUAGAUUUGGAUUGUCCUCAUUAGCCAGUGGUUUGUGCUUUAAAUGUUUAGAAUUGUACCCACCCUUGUUCUGUUGUACCUCGACUACAAAACAGUCAUUACAAGAUCUCAGAACAGGUGUUUUUUGAUGGACAGGCUCUUCUCUGUUUGUUUUGUAAAUGUCUGAAACUGAAGCUUCAGAGCAGCUGUGCCUGUAUUGAUCAGGAGCYUCAGUCUCUACUUUAUCUGAUCAUUUUCCUCCUCUAGUUCAUGCUGUAGGAGGUACUUGAUGAGCAGACCCAUUAAAAGGGCAGUUUCUUUAUAUUUGCCAGUUCAGUUCCCAUGGCAUUGUUGAUCUUUUAACAUUUUGUACACAAAUAUGUUCUUCAAAACUCGUAAAUUAUAACAUUUUUAACAUUCA